AUGUCUGCACCUUUUUCCGUCGGCGUCGUCUUCCGCUGGCUGUGCGGCGAGCCGUCGAUGAACGUGCCGGUGACCAUCAGGCUGCCGCUGUACGACGAGGAGCUGGGCCAGCAGUUUCCGUUCCGGCUCACCUGCAUGCUCCUCGUCCUGCUCACGCAGCUGCUGGGCUCCUACUGCGCCUCUCUGGCCUUCCAGGGAGGCUGGCUGCCGCAGUGCUUCGACGUCUUCAACUGCUUUUCCUCCGUGCAGCACGCCGAGCACAAGCACGCGGCCAAGCUGAGCGAAUCGAGCACCACCAAGGCUUCGGAUGUUGUGGCUCCGACGCUCAACAAGGACGAUGACGCUCGCAGACUCGGGAGACCCGGCGGCGUAGACGCUUCUAAGAGCCGGAGUGCCGCCGACGCUUCGUCCAAGGUCAAGAGAACCAGCUCUAUCGACGUUUCUUUGAGGGCCAGGAGAUCUUCUUCGAGACUCAGCAGGAAAGCCAGCGCCGCGUCCGAGAGAACCGCCGCGUCGACGAACCCCGCGACCAAGCCUGACGGCGGCGUCGCGCAUCGCGGCUCCGAUGCGAAGACGCAGCCGAGAAAGGACAGCGUCAAGUUCAUGACCAUGUCGGACAUUUGGGCCGACUCCAAGACGGCGGAGAGCAAGCGGGAGGGCAAUAAAGCGAGCGAGUCGUCCAAGACGCCCUCCAAAAAACUUCGCCGUUCCAGUAGCCGAAGCAACAUCAAGGUGAAGUCGGAGGAGGGCGCCGUGUCCAAGAGCGACGGCCGGCCUCCCGAAGAAGGGGAAGCGCGACGUUCACAAGCACCGCAGCCCGGACCAACAAUUCUUGCUGCGGGGCGUCUCUUCGAUUUUUUCUUUGUUUACGUGUCUUAGUGAAUAUUUU